AUGGACGUCUCAAACAACCGUCUCUUUCGGUUCUCGAAGCCGGAAUGGCUCAAUAACUCCACCGUUCGCAGUGCGGGCGUCUACACCUCGGGGGCACUGUUCUCCCUUGGUUUCUUCUUCCUGAUCGAUGCCGCCGCAUUCUCCCAUAGCUCCCGCAAUGGCUCGACCGUCCAUGUGAAGUUCGUGGACUGGAUCCCCGGUAUCUGCUCAUCGCUUGGAAUGCUUGUUAUCAACUCGAUCGAGAAGUCGCGGUUACAUGCGGAUAGCUUCAGCUACAGUGGAAGUGGGGUUGCUUGGAAGGCGCGCUUUGUGCUCUUCUUGGGAUUUGCGCUUCUCGCUGGAGGGUUGGCUGGUAGUGUGACGGUCAUGACUCUCAAGUAUCUCAUCAAGCAAUACCCCCUACAGACGCUCUACUUUGGAAUUGCCAAUGUUGUCGCCAACAGUCUUGUCAUGCUGAGUUCUGUCGUUUUAUGGAUCUCGCAGAACAUAGAGGAUGACUAUACCUACAACCUUGCGCUCUAG